UGCAGUCCCGCAGCCUCCGCGGCUGUCGCGCAGGUGCCGUCCUCCUAGGUCGGGAUGGAGCUGCCCGCCGUGAACCUGAAGAUGAUCAUCCUUGUUCACUGGCUGUUGACGACCUGGGGCUGCCUCCUGUUCUCGGGCCCCUAUGCCUGGGCCAACUUCACCAUCCUGGCCUUGGGCGUGUGGGCCGUCGCUCAGCGGGAUUCCAUCGACGCCAUAAGCAUGUUUCUGUGUGGCCUCGUGGCCACCAUCUUCCUGGACAUCAUCCACAUCAGCAUCUUCUACCCGCAGUCGGACCUCCAGGACACAGGGCGCUUCGGCGCCGGCAUGGCCAUCCUCAGCCUGCUCCUCAAGCCGUUCUCCUGCUGGCUGGUGUCCCACAUGUACCGGGAGCGCGGGGGCGUGCUCCCACUCCACGCUGGUUUCCUCGGACCUUCCCAAGAGCACAGUGCCUACCAGACGAUUGACUCGCCUGAGGCCCCGGCAGACCUUUACGCAGGCCUGGAGGGCAAGGGUCACGCCCCGCAGGGGUACUGAAGCCAGCUGCGCCUGGCCCCAGCUCAGGGGCCAGAAUGACAAACUGCAGGGGAGGUCCAGUCAGCGUGGCCUUCCUCGUGCCCUGGGCGCCGUUCUAGGGCUGCACCUGGUCUCCCUUCCUAGGCCCUAAUGUGGAAUGUGUCCUCCCAUUCCCCCUCCAGGUGUUGCCUGAAUGCCCCCGUGCACAAACCUGCCCCCGGGGCCUCCCCUCCCAAGCAGCCCCCUGGUGCCAGGCCGGGAACCAUGGUCACUCUCCUCACUUCCACCCUUAGCUGCUCCGUGCAGGCUCCGGGCCAAGCCACGCCUGAGGCUGGCAGGGUCCCAGCUCUAAGGGCCAGAGGCGCCCCGCCCGGGCCUCGCCUCACUCUGUCCAGCCCUCCUGCAGAAGGCCUGUGAGCUUUGGGUUGUGCUCGGCCCCAGGAGCCAUCUGUCACAGGGGACCGAGGCCCUUGUGAUUCUCACUGCUUGGUCACUUGGUCCUGGGAACCCCGAGGCUGGAGGCAGGAGGUGUCUGCCAUACCUGACACCCCCCGCCACCCCCAGCUGCCUUUCUCAGGGUGGUGGCAUU